CCUUUAACUUAGGAGUAUACCAACGUCGGCUGAGGGGGAGAAAAGAAGGGAGAGCGGUGGCGGAACGGUCGUGAACUCGCUUUCUGCCGCAAAAAAGAACGCGCGGCCUCUUCGUUCAUCCUGAACGCCCAUAGUAAAUCAGGAGCCCCCUGCCGAAGCGGCGCGAUAGUUCAGUCCCCAAGAUGGCGGCCACCAUGAAGAAAGCGGCAGCAGAAGACGUCAAUGUCACUUUUGAAGAUCAACAGAAAAUCAACAAGUUUGCCAGAAACACCAGCAGAAUUACUGAACUAAAAGAAGAAAUAGAGGAUAAAAAGAAACAACUCCAGAACUUACAAGAUGCAUGUGAUGACAUCAUGAUGCUUGAUGAUGAUUCGCUACUGAUACCUUAUCAAAUAGGAGAUGUCUUCAUUAGCCACCCCCAGGAUGAAACACAGGAGAUGUUAGAGGAGGCAAAGCAAAACUUGCAGGAAGAAAUUGGAGCUUUGGAGUCACGUGUAGAGUCCAUCCAGAGAGUAUUAUCAGACCUGAAAGUGCAGCUUUAUGCAAAGUUUGGAAACAAUAUCAAUCUUGAGGCAGAUGAUAACUAAAUAUUCUUGAAACAAUAUUUUUGUACUAAUUGUUCUCUUUAAAAGAUGUUUCGAAAAGCCUCACUUAUUCAGGUUUUGUUUUGUUUUCUAUUUUUUUAAACUACAUUCACUUCUGUUUCAUGUAUUUAAUGAAAGAAUUAUUUUGCACAGCUAUAGCUAUUUAUAUGUUUUACGUGAAUAGAUCCAAAUUCUGCUGGUUGCAUCUUCCACAGUGGGUGCUUAAAGUUCUAUUGAAGAAGAAUAAAGUGAUGCAAGCAUA